CUUUUAAAUGACUGAAUAAUCUUUAAUAGUAUAAUACGUCUCGAUACACAACCAUGCAGUUGUUCAGUCAGUGGAACGGUAGUGAAUACAAACUUUAAAGCGACCUUUUCAUAUUUUUGUUUAUUUGUUUAUUGAAUGUAUAUGUUAGAAUAUACUAGUACAUUAUUGGCAUUUUAACAAGUUAGAGAUUUAGUGCACCCCUGUGUUAAAGUAUUGACGACGCCUACAAAAAUUUAGUAAAAAAAAAUGGAGUUAAAUUACAGAUAUUGUCGGUCGGUGAAAUCAUAAUUGAACGUGUAUUGGAGAUUUAUUGAUUAUUGUGUGAUUUAUUUAUUUGAUGUACAUUUAUUUAUCACAUACUAGGCGAAGAUCUUCAAUACCCGGUGACGAAAUUUCUUUCACGAUUCUGGACUUUAAUUUUUGGAUUUAAGUAGAUUAAUCGGACUUUGUUUGGAUUAAUUUCCAUAUGGGUGUGUAUAUUUAAUAUAUUACAUCUCAGACAUUGAAAAGUAUACUUUACGUAAGAUUUUAUAAUUUGAAAUUAUAAGAAUUUUAUGAAAUUGUUUUAACGUGAUGGGUUCAGGUUCUAGCAAAGAGAAAUCAAACAAUGUUCGGAUAACUUCACAAAACACAGACAAGAAAUCGGACGCAUUGUCUCCGAAAUCACAAGUGAAUUCAAAUAGCGUAGAAAAAAGUGAAAAUAUCAAAAACUCGAAAAACAAGUCUUCAGACAAACAAUUGAACGGGAAUACAAACAAGUUAGCUCGAAUUGAAAAUAAUAAUAAAACAAAUUCAAGGAUUCCACAACCGUUUGAUGAAAGUAGCGACGACGAUGCCGACGAUUUAUUGAAAGACGAAUGGAGAAGUAAGAAAAAUUCUAAUGGAAAUAAAAAUACGGACAUUAAUUCAAAUGGCAAAGUGAAAACAUGGCAACCACCCGAGCCUCCAAAAGGGGAUUAUCCCGAAACGUAUGCUCAAAAGUUACAAAGAGAACAAUAUACACAACAACAGCUUUUAAGACAAAAGACAAUUUACAGAAAUCCAGACGAAUGGGAAAUAGAUCAGGUUUCUCAGCAAAGUUUUGAUGUAUCUAAAUUCAAAGAAGUUAACAAGACUCUGCCUAAAACUGAUAUUUUUGGACCUGUGUCAAACAAUGAUUACUCGUUUGGUAAUAUGGACGACGAUAAUUACUACAGAACAACGAAUAACAACAGAAAAAAAUCCAUACCAAGAUACGAUGUAAGCGAGGAAGACCUAAUGAACGAUAUUGAAAGUCACUAUUACUAAACCAACCGGAAAUGACUCCGUUUUAGAGAACACAAAAUGACUCCAUGUCUACAUAACAGGAAAGGACUCCAUGUUUACGAUUUUAUGAUAUAUUCCCUAUCAAUAUAGUAGAUCACAAUAUUUAUUUUUGUAUUAGCAUAUACAAAAUAGUAUAGUUACGAACGACUGCAAUAUCAGCACGAUAUUAAGUUAUUACAAUUGUUAGGUGUAGUUAUAAGGAAUAUAUCAUAAACAACGGAGGCCUUUCGAACAAGAAGUUCAAUACACGAUAUUAGCUAUGAUAUGACUGUACAAAAACAAGAGAAACAAUCUGCUAGUAAAUGUUAUGUGUAUGUAAGACAUUUCACAAUGCUUCCAUUAUGCAAUUAUAAAAUCGUAUUUGAAAAUAUUAAACUUGUGACUGUGACACUUUAUACCGAAUUUGGAAUGAGUGCAUUUAUAGCCAUGUAAGCUGUGUAAAAGUGACUGUUUUCACUAUUUUAAAAGUCUCCUUCUCCUGUUUUUAAUUUUCAUUACAUUUUCAGCAAAGAAAUAUCUAUGGUGAAAAAUAUCUAUCGACAUAUAUGUUUGUAAAAUGGGGAAAGAAAGAGAAUGAUAGGAGCGCAUAGAUGAGAAAAAAUAGUUGGAAGUUAAUCUAUACGACUUGAGAACUUUUUAAGUAGCUACUGUGAUAAUUAUUUUAUGAUGGUGGGUUUUUCUUAAAACAUAUUCCUGAUAUUAUAGAUAUAGUUAGGUAAGCAAUUGACAUAGUGACGACAUUCGUCUAAACUCGGCCGAUUCCGUUCCUCCAAUCAACGGAGAGUCGCGGAUUUGUACGAGGAUUGCCAAUUGGUAGAGACGAUGGAAUAAAUCUGUGAUAAUUUAUACUUGCCAAAGGAGGUUGAUAUUAGAGGAAAACAUAUUAUGUUAUUUAUUAUACAUCGGAUAUAUUUG